AUGUGCGGCGGUACAGUCACGGUAAACCUUGGACAUGUGCGACGGUACAGUCACGGUAAACCNCCUGUUACUACAGCUCCUGUUACUACAGCUCCUGUUACUACAGCUCCUGUUACUACAGCUCCUGUUACUACAGCUCCUGCUACUUCAGCUCCUGUUACUACAGCUCCUGUUACUACAGCUCCUGUUACUACAGCUCCUGUUAGUACAGCUCCUGUUACUACAGCUCCUGUUAGUACAGCUCCUGUUACUACAGCUCCUAAAAUUAAUGAAAGUGAUAACAAAGAUAAAGAGUGUCCCUACAGCGACCAGCAGCAGCAGGGCGCCGCCCAACACCUGCUCGGCGCGUGCGCGGCGGCGGAAUUUCCAGUUUUUAUUUCAUUGGAGCGAGGGGGAGCACCUACAGCUCCUGUUACUACAGCUCCUGUUACUACAGCUCCUGUUACUACAGCUCCUGCUACUACAGCUCCUGUUACUACAGCUCCUGUUACUACAGCUCCUGUUACUACAGCUNUAUCUGAAACCAGCAACUCUAACUACAGGAACCUUAAGAACAACAACAACAACAACAAUAAUAACAACAGCAACCCUAACAACCCUGGCAACAGCAACUCUAGCUACAGAAACCUUAAGAACAACAACAAAAAUAAUAUCAACAGCAACCCUAACGACCCUGGCAAUAGCAACUCUAAGUACAGAAACCUUAAGAACAAUAACAACAAUAACAAAAGCAACCCUAACGACCCUGGCAAUAGCAACUCUAACUACAGAAACCUUAAGAACAAUAACAGCAAUAACAACAGCAACCCUAACAACCCUGGCAACAGCAGCGUUGGCAACAGCAUGGCAAACAUGUUCUAG